AGAAAAAGAUAAACAUUCGGAACACUCCACAAAGGGAAAACUGUAAAUACGAAACCGUAACCAUUACGCGCAUACGUUCCAGAAAACUCUGCAGUUUCAGAGCAAAAUUUUCCUUACAUAUCACAUUCGGUUCCUUCGUGUGUUAAAUGGGUGACAAAGUACCAGCUCCGGACACAUCCAAAAGCGAUGACGAACAGUUCGAGGAUGCACAAAGCAAGGAAGAUUUCAACGAACGAACGAUCGAUGAAGUUAUCGAAAAGGUGACCGGAUUGUCCACACGGAAACCACCCGACACAGACGGGGACGAGUUUGUCGAUUGUGUUAACCAUUCCGGGGGCGAUGAUACGAAAGCUGAUGUGAAACAUAUGCCACAAACGGAUGACCCAGUGGCGCAACAGGAACGUGACAGUGUGGUGGAACCGUUCGAGGAUGAUGAUCUAGUAGAUGAAGAUUCUCAGCGGGAUUAUGAAUGUGGUUUGACCGAGGAGGAAAAGGAAGCGAACAAAACCAAAGCGGACGAGUUGAAACAACAAGGCAACGAGCUGUUUAAACAAGGCGAACAUUUGCAAUCGUUAGACCUGUACACGCAAGCACUACGGCUGUGUCCACUGGAUUGUAAAGAAGCUCGAGCCAUACUUUACGCUAAUCGGGCCGCGGCCAAAACAAAGCUCGAUCGCAAAAAGUCUGCACUGGAUGACUGCACCAAAGCGCUAGAAUACAACCCAAAUUAUGUAAAAGCGUUGCUUAGACGUGCGAUUCUGUACGAAGAGACUGACAAGCUGGACGAAAGUUUAGAAGAUUUUCGAAAGGUAUUGGAGCUGGAACCGGGCAAUAGUGAGGCACGGGCCGCCCAGACGCGAUUACCUCCCAAGAUAUCGGAACGGAAUGACCGAUUGAAGGAGGAAAUGAUGGGCAAGCUGAAAGACCUGGGCAACAUGAUACUGCGACCGUUCGGUCUGUCAACGCAAAACUUUGAAAUGAAACAAGAUCCCCAAACGGGUUCGUACUCGAUAAACUUUAACCAGGGCGCCAAACAGUGAUACGCCACACACGGAAUACGGCUUUGCGAUGGUGAUAAACGGUGUAAGUUGGUUGUUUAAGGCGCUUGCUGUGACGCUGUAAAUAAUCCGUUUUUUUUGUUUUCGUUAUAAGAAGGAGGUAAAAUUAAACACGUCUCUGCAAGUCUAUUUUACAUUAGGUAGCUUCAUUUUAUGAGGGCAAAUAAAUAAAGCUAAUAUAACGAAG